AUGGGUGGUACAGUUCCCGAGGAGAUCGGGAGCUCCAGUUCGGACUCCUCGAGCGUGUCAUCUUCGGACUCUGACAGCUCCGAGGCGAAAAAAAAGAAGGAGAAGAAAAAGAUCAAGAAGGCCAAGAAGCUGCUGAAGAAGCUGAAGAAGGCCGAGAAGAAGGCCAAGAAGAAGGAGAAGAAGCUCGCAAAGAAGGCCAAGAAGGAUGGCAAGAGGGAGAAGAAGCACCUCCGCGACGGCCAAGAGGGAGGCCAAGAGGACGCCAGCGGGGCGGCCAGGGAGGAGAAGAGGGCCAGCAGGGCGACCGAGGGGCCCAGCUGCACGCCCGCGGCAGGGCGGCCGCGGGCCGCCGAGGGGGGCUCCCUGCUCACGGCCGACGCGCCGUUCGAGUGCUCCCUGCUCGACGUCUGCGAGAGGGCCGCCCGCGGCAUGAACUCGACCAGCGCGACCAUCCAGGACGAGCGCAUUAUAAGCGUGUACAGCCCAGAGGGCGACCUCAUCGAGAGCCCGAAGGUCUUCAAGACGUUCAAGGAGAUCAGAGAGUUCCCGAGGCCCGUGCAGCAGGCGUUUCAGGACACCGGUUUCCCGGGCCCCUCGCAGAUCCAAGCGUAUUGCUGGCCACUCGGCCUGCGCGGCAAGGACGUCAUCGGCAUUGCCGCGACGGGGAGCGGGAAGACGCUGGCGUUCCUGAUGCCUGCCUUCGUCGAGAUGCACGAGCAGGGGGCCCGCCCCGAGCGCGACGGCCCCGGGCUGCUGGUGAUGUCGCCAACGCGCGAGCUGGCGCAGCAGACGGAGGCGGAGGGGAACAAGUUCGGGAAGUGCCUGCAGAUGAGGUGCGUGGCGAUGUACGGUGGCGCCCCCAAGGGCAGCCAGAUGUCGAGGUACCGGCAGGGGUGCGCGUGCGUGGUGGCGUGCCCGGGCCGUCUCAAUGAUUUCCUGGAGGGCCGGCAGGUGCAGCUGCGGAACACCAGGAGGCUCGUGCUCGACGAGGCGGACAGGAUGCUCGACAUGGGGUUCGAGCCGCAGAUCCGCAAGAUCCUGGAGCACCUGCCCUCGAAGAGGCAGACGCUGUUCUUCACAGCGACCUGGCCCCGGGAGAUCCAGAGUCUUGCGUCCGAGAUCCUGACAAAGCCGUACAAGGUCAUGGUCGGGGACCGCGACGAGCUGAAGGGGAACGCGGACGUGACGCAGCUGGUGCGCAUCGUACCAGCGAACAGGAAGCUGGACAUGCUGGCCGAGAUUCUCAUGGAAGCGGGCCUGAACGUCCGUGGCGGCCUCGGCAAAGGGUUGAUCUUCUGCGGCUCCAAGAGAAUGUGCGACCAGCUGUCGGCGAGCCUGGAGCGCAGCGGCGUCCCGUGCGCGGCGAUCCACGGCGACAAGGACCAGCAGCAGCGAGACGCGGCCCUGAGCGACCUGAAGCAGGGCCGCAUCAAGGUGCUCGUCGGCACGGACGUCGCUGCCCGCGGACUAGACAUCAAAGGCGUGGGCCUCGUCGUAAACUUCGACCCCCCCAACAACGCAGAGGACUACGUGCACCGCAUCGGGCGCACGGGGCGCGCAGGGGCCAAGGGCGUCGCGAUCGCGCUGCUGACGCCCGACGAGGGCGGCAAGGCGCGCAACAUCCUGGAGGUGAUGGAGCGCACUGGCCAGGCCCCCCCGCCAGAGCUGCGGAGGCUGGCCGAGGCCGCGGGCAGCUCCCGGGGCAAAGGGGGCGGCCGCGGCGGCACUGGCGCGCGCGGGCGCAGCCGGAGCCGCAGCCGAUGA